CUAAUACUGUCGUAAAUGUGUGUGCGUGCGUGCGUGCGUGCGUGUAUAUAUGCAGAUAGAUUAGAUGAGCUAUCAUUUUUGCGCCAUUGAAGCCACCGUUUAGUUAUCUUUGAGCUUACACUUACAGGUGACACUCUUUCAAUUCUCUCAUUAUCAUUGAAUACCCUUUUAAAAUCUUUCUUUGACUAGCCGGUUUAAUUUUCAGAACGCUCAGUAAAGCAGGAAGCCAUUGAAGCCACCGUUUAGUUAUCUUUGAGCUUACACUUUCAGGGGACAAUAUUUUAAUUCUCUCGUUAUCAUUGAAUACCCUUUUAAAAUCUUUCUUUGACUAGCCUGUUUAAUUUUCAGAACGCCCAGUAAAGCCGGUUCUCAUUGAACUGCUUUGGAAAAAUAUUUUUGUUUUUAUGUGGGUAGUUGAAAAAUUGAAGCAUUGUGUUAAUAUAUAUAUAUAUAUAUAUAUUUUUUUUUUUUGUUAUUUAUUUAUUUUGUUUUUAACUGUGGAAGGCAUUAUGUGACAUUUUUUUUCUUUGGUUUUCACCGAGAAAGUUGCAAGAACCAAAUUAAUUUUAUGUCUCCAUUGUUUCUCUGAUCUAUUAGUGCAUAAUUGCUAUAACUCUCUCUUUUGGUAGUGUUCUAUAUCGGUGUUAUAUAUCGGAUUCUGUUAUAUAUAUAAAUAUAUAUGUAGCACUUGACGUUAUAGUAUGAUAGGAAACUCAAAUCUCUGUUCUGUUCAAAUUUGAUCAACUUUUGAAAAAAGGUACUAAUUUACUGUGAGAAACUCAAAUUGAGUUUUAGAGUUACUAAAACUUUGAUGUUGUUUACGGAAACAUGUAUACAGAAUGGGAAAGACAAUCCGGUUACAUGGAUUUUCUGGUGUAGAAAAUCCAAAAGAUGCGGUGGAAUUUCUAGAGGAAUAUACUGGGGAAGGAACCGUUUAUGCUGUUGAGGUUGGGCAGUACAAAAAUCAGCGAAGGGCAUUUGCUAAAGUUCAAUUCACUAGAUUAUCAUGGACUUGGCACCUGAUCCGGAUGAACGCUUUUGGUAUGAUGAGGUGUCUUACUUACAAGCUCGGGAGUUGGAUCUCGACAUUGAAAAGAAGCCAAAGGUCUCUGCCUAUAGCAUGGAUGAUGCAACAUUAUGCAUUGGAGGUCAGAUCUCUGAGGACAAGUUUUCUGUGCUAUGGAAAAGGAGGAAUGUAUCAGUGAAAUUUGGAAUGGGGCUUAGAAACUUCUACUUCUUUUCUCUUAUCAUUCUGUCGAAUACAAGCUUGAGGUCCCCUGUGAGAGCAUUUGGAAGAUUGAGCUACGUCGUCCACGACGUCAAGCUACCAAGUUUCUUCUCAUCCAGAUAGUUGCAGACAAUUGGAAGAGAGGCAGAGCUAUUGGGUGUACAAUGACUUUUUAUUGGAAGAUGCUCCGUUUUGCUUACACAUAUGGACUUUGUGGCUGAGUUCCAGCGCAGGAAAUCAUAACUUUCCUAAAUUUUAACAAUUAUGAAUUGCACUUAGAUGCUUGAAUUUUUUUUUUUUUUUUACUCUUUAUUUUCUAAAUUUUAAUUUUUAAUGCAUUUUGAUUAGUAGAAUUAUUUUUGCUUUUGUUUUUAAUAGUUUUGAGGCAUUGUUAAACACUUAUUACAAUAAAAAAA